GUCGUCAUUUCCUGCGCAAAUGCGGAAGUUGGUUUUAUAUUUCCAUACAUUGUAAUGUCGUGAAACCAGUUGGAAUAUCGUUGAAAGUUUGUGCAUGUCGUAACGGUUGUUGGAUACUAACCCUUUUCAUAAUUUUCCCUUUUUGUUUGUGAUAUAAAGGGGAGCCCUUUCAUAAUCAUCGGAAAGGAGAGCUGUUGUUUGCUUGAUGUCGUUUCCGGGGAUAUUCUCUAUGCGUAUGGCGGUUCGUAGUCUUUGAAUGUAUGAAGAAUACUACAAAAUAUAAGUCGAAGUGAUCGUAUAAAAUCGUCGCAUCGUUAAAUUACAUACAAUGCAGCAACGCGAAGAAAAACAGCUGGAGGCAUCCAUAGACUCUCUCAUAUCUCGGGUGGCGCAGCUGAAGAAUUCUUUGCAUAAUUUUAUAUUCAAACUGGAGAAUGAAUAUGACAGAUUAACUUGGCCUUCUGUGCUGGACAACUUUGCUCUCCUUUCUGGCCAGCUGAACACCAUAAACAAAUUACUGAAGAAUGAAAAGACUCCGUCAUUACGCAACCAAGUCAUAAUUCCCCUGCUGCUCUCUCAAGACAGAGAUGAAGAACUUGCUAAACUAACUGAGUUACGAGUGCCAGUGUUCAGUCAUGAAAUUGUGCCAGAUCACCUGCGCACCAAGCCUGACCCAGAAGUGGAAGAACAGGAGAAGCAGCUGAGCGCUGAAGCUGCUCGCAUUGGGCUCGAUGUUGCACAGAAACACAUCCAGGCUUUGAAUAAAAUCUGCUCAAACCUGUUGGAAAAGUUGAACAAUCCUCGAGAAGACAGGGAGACGGAAAGUGCAGCUGCACGACAGAAUAAGCCGUUCUUCAACCCAGCGGACACGACCGCACUGGUAGCAGCAGUAGGAUUUGGGAAGGGACUUGCCAAGUGCAGGCCUCCAGGACCAGUAACACCAGGACAACCGGGUCAAGGGCCCAUAAUGGCGGGGGGACCCUCCCUCCAGCAGGUGGCUGUAAGUGGCUCCUCAAACCAGCAGGCAGCUAUUGGGGGACCAGUACCACCUCAGCAGCCUGGCCAGCCAGGGAAAAUGCCAAGCAACAUAAAGACAAAUAUAAAGUCUGCCUCAGCUUCAAUGCACCCCUACAAUCGAUGAGCAGCUUUUGAUCAUUAUUGGAAGACGGAAGACACUAAUAGCUUCUUGACCCUAGAGUGGCAGCAACCCUGACUCCUGGCCGCAGAACCUACUGUUAUCCAUCUGGCUGUACAGAAAGUGUUUCGACACAUCAGUUUUUAUGCAUAUGUUUGACAACUUGUGGUCUGUAUGAAGUAUUUUUCGCAUAAACUUUCAGUAAUAAAGAUGUUCUUGUUUC